CACUUGCUCUUGCGGUGCCCACGGUGUUUCCCGGGCAAACCCUUCUGGGAACUUGAGGCCACCUUUCCGAGCACGGAGUCCUAGCGGAGCUGCUUAUUUACUCACUUCUCAACACCUAAACACGGCAACUCCUCCGCAUCCUCGGAUCUGGGGUACCGCGAGGACACGGUUCCCUCCCUGUGCACAGUUGUGCGUCCUGAUCCUCGUCCACUCCCCAUCCCCAUCUACAACUUUGAGCCUGCCGGGCGGGACCGUCCUGGAGCCCUUCGGGCUUGGGACCUUCUCUCCGCGUGGAAAUCCGGCAGCGAUAGAUAAGAAGACACUGUGUUAGAGAACAGGAAGAGCUGUAAAGUUUGCAGAUAUCAACCAUGGCCUUUCUAAGGAUGUUGGUUGCAUCAGUGCCAGAAAGAUGGCACAUGUGGCUGGUGGCUGCCAUACUGACAGUGCAGUUGUGGAAGGUGGAGAGAGCUAUGACACAAAUUUAAUUAAAAGGUCCUAUUACUGCUGGAUUGUGCAAGAUUUUAACCCUAUUUUUUUGAAUUAUGAUUUAAAUAUCAAACAUCUUAAAUUGUAUAAAAGGGAAGCAUUUUAGUUUUGGAAGUCAGAAUGCCAAGGAAAAGGAAAAAUCUUGGGGGAAACCCUUUUCGGAAGACUGCAAACUCUAAGGAAAUUGUAUCCAAUGUUGCUAGUCAUGCGGAGCCAACCACUACUCUUCUUUCUGUGUGUGAGACAAAAUUUGAUCAGGAAGAACUCUUCACCAGUAUCUCAGAGAUGUUUUCUGAGCUGGAUCCCGAUGUAGUGUAUUUGAUGCUUUCUGAAUGUGAUUUCAAAGUUGAAAAUGCCAUGGAUUGUCUAUUAGAAUUAUCUACCACUGAUGCCAAGAUAGAAGAAUCAUCUUCAAAAACCUUUGUUGCUUCUGAGAACCAUCUAAGUGAAACAGGAAGUGAAAUAAUGGAGAAGUAUCCACCUAAAGAAGAGAGUGAAGAUUCAAAACUGGAUUCAUUUUUGGAUAUGCAGCUAACUGAAGACUUGGAUUCCUUAAUACAGAAUGCUUUUGAGAAACUGAACUCUUCUUCUGAUGAUCAAGCAUACUCAUUUUUGCCUUUGGGAGAUGUUGAUAGUCUUAAUAACCCAAGUCAGUUUAUAAAUUCACAUUCAAAUAGUAUGACUACUGUUCUUUCUAUACAAAAUAUGGAUUUGAAUAGUGAAAAUUUAGAGAUUUCUGCCUCUGCAUUAAAUUCAAAACCAUUAACUUCACAUUCAGUUUUGAAUGAGUCCAAAAGUUUUAUGAAGGAUAGCACAUUGGCAUUGGAAGAUAACUAUCCAGAAGAUUCUCCUCUCAGUGGUUCUUUAAAUCCAGCAAAUGAGUCUAUUGUGGGUUUUAACAAUCUCAGUCAAAGACAGAAGGUGCUUUUAGAUUCCAGCUGUGUUGAGGCUCAGCUCUCUCAAGCCCCUCUAGAUUUGGAUACCAGUGAACCUCAGGCUCCUUUAAACCUUCCUGUGCAAAAUCCAGAGCUUGACUUAGCAGGUACAAGUGGGGAUCAGAAAUCUUUUUCUGUCUCUGAUGUUUUUGUACCUUCUGAAGGGUUUAAUUUCAAGCCACACAAACAUACUGACCUGCCACCAAAGGAGAUGGAUGUGAAUUACUGCCCAGUACUUACCCCUCUUCCUUUACUGCUCCCUCCUCCUCCUCCACCACCGAUGUGGAAUCCAGUGAUCCCUACUUUUGACCUCUUUCGAGGAAACCAUGGCUUUGUAGCUCCAGUUGUAACCACAGCUACACACUGGAGACCUUUCAACUACACAUUUCCACCUUCAGUCAUUUCUCACACUUCCCCAACAAAAAUAUGGAGAAAUCAAAAUGGAGCAAGUGCUUAUCAAAUAAAAGAGGCUCCCGUUUCUCAGGUUGUAAGAAAGAAGACAACAUCUUAUGUUGGACUAGUUCUUGUUCUUCUCAGAGGGCUUCCAGGAUCAGGAAAAUCUUUUUUGGCAAGGUCUUUGCAAGAAGAUAAUCCAAGUGGCGUUGUUCUUAGUACUGAUGAUUAUUUUUAUAUAAAUGGGCAGUACCAGUUUGAUAUUAAGUACUUAGGAGAAGCACAUGAAUGGAACCAUAAUCGUGCAAAAGAAGCAUUUGAGAAGAAGAUAUCGCCAAUCAUAAUUGAUAAUACAAAUCUACAAGCAUGGGAAAUGAAACCAUAUGUUGCUUUGUCACAGAAACAUAAAUAUAAAGUCCUUUUCCGGGAACCAGACACAUGGUGGAAGUUCAAACCAAAGGAACUUGCAAGGCGUAACAUUCAUGGGAUAAGCAAAGAAAAAAUAAUAAGAAUGUUGGAACACUAUCAGCGUUUUGUUUCAGUGCCAAUAAUCAUGGAUUCUUCAGUGCCAGAGAAAAUUGAACGUAUUGAGUUGUGUGCAUCUUGUGAGGACAGAAGUCCCAGCCCAAGAGACAGUGAAGACAAUACCUCUGUAAAAGAAGAAAAUGUUACAUCCUCUUCUUUGAAGCACCUAGCGUUAAUUGAAGAAAAGAAUCUUGAAGUGGCUUUUUCUCUACCAGAGAAUGUUACAUGUCUCCUUCAUGCAGAUUCAAACAAAGGGAGAGAAGAAAUAAGUGGUAUGAAUCAUAGCACUCAGAGUGCUUUCACGCAGGAAGCUCCUCACAUUUGUCUUUCUGACUCUGAAAGCAAAGUUCAAGCAACAGACAAGAGGGAAAAAGAAGAGGAAGUAGAAAUAACCUCUGCAAAAGAAUGUACUGAAGCCAGUUCAGGUAGUCCUAGAGAGAGAAUAUCACCAAGUAUUUGCUGUGGUGAAAAUAAUCAAGAAGAAUUUGAUUUUGCAAAUACUGUACCAUUUCAAAAGGAAAAGUCUUCAUCUAGUGAAAUAUUAGGAGAAAGAAUCACAGUAAAGAAAAAAACUGUUGGAAACCAAAAAAGCAGAUCACUUGUGGAAAAGUUUCCAAGACAUGAGCUAUCAAGUUUUGUUGGUGAUUGGCCAGUUGAUAAGACUAUUGGUCAGAGGACGAAAAGGAACCGAAAAGCUGAAAAAGCUUCUUCAUCUGUACAAAAUGACAAAAAGUAUAAUCGCCCUCAGACAUGCAGAGUAUUAGAUAAUAGUGUAUCUGUGAAUACUGAGUCUGUCCAGCAGCAAGGAUCUUCACGUGAAAGUGAAGAAGACGGCAGGAAGUCACAGUGUGAUGAUCCUUCAGAAUUUCCCAGUAGUUGUAAAUAUGGUACUUAUAAAAAUACUGAAGAAAACUCUUUUAGUAUUGUCGGUGACUGGCCAUGUGAUUCUUUAGCUCAGAGAGAACACAGAUCAAGAAUGCCAAAGGUUGAUAUAAGAAAGCCCAACCUAGAAUUUGGAACUAAUAAUAUAAAUGAAAUAUCCUUAUACACAGCACAUGAGGCCUGUUGGGGCACAAGCCCCGAAGAACUAAAAAUGUUGAGUAGCUCCACCCUCCAAAGUUCUGAGAUGCUGCCCAGUGAAAUGAGCAAUGAGAAUCAAACUUACUUAAGUGAACAGAUUCCUAGGCAACACACAUUGUCUCCUCCUUUUACCAGCAGUGUCGCAACUGCUUUAGCUGAAUUUCCAGGGGGAAUGUCUAAAAGAGUCCCUGAAAUAGAAGUAGGCACAUGUACCCAGACGGAACCACAGGAUUUUGCCCUCUUAUGGAAAAUAGAAAAGAAGAAAAUUAGGGUUUCAGAUUCUAUCAAAAUGUUGACAGGAAGAUUAGAUGGAUUUAAACCGAAAGCUUUCAGUAAUAACACAAAAGCAAAUGUUCAGCAAACAAUUCCAUAUAGGGUAAUGUAUGAUAAAAGCACAUAUGUUGAGGAAGAUGAGCUUACCAGUGUUGAUGAAUCUGAAAAUCUUAAUAUCCUUUGUAAACUAUUUGGGUCCUUUUCAUUAGAAGCCCUGAAAGACUUAUAUGAGAGAUGCAAUAAAGAUAUUAUUUGGACUACAAGCCUUCUGUUGGAUUCUGAAACUAAAUUAUGUGAGGAUACAGAAUUUGAGAAUUUUCAUAAACUAUGUGAUGAACCACAAGUUGGACUAUUUUCUCUGGGAUUGGAUUUGAAGGAGGUUAUUAGCCAAAAAAGAAACUUAGAUGAUUCUAAUUCUUCUGUGCCAGAGUUUCAUAGAAUUGACACCAACAAUAAUAAUGCACAGCCUAUUUGUGAUGCAGAAAAGGGAAACUCAGAGCAGACAGAAAUACAAGGUAUAACUUUUGAAAACCCUGGAAUAAUAAGUGUAUUUCCUAAUGCUGCUAUAGAUGUAAAGAGUAAUAAUGAAAUACUUCCUAACCAUCAGGCAGAAUUUUCAGACUUAUGUAGCUUUAGGCAGUCUCUUCCAACUGUUCUAAAAUUUCCUAAUGAUGUAAGUGAAAUGGAGAAUAGUCUAGUAGCCGCAGAGACUGGAGAUGGUAUGCAUUCAUCUUUAAAUUUGUCUGAUAUUCUAAACUCUGUAGCAAGCACUUCAGAUCUUGGGUUAAAUGAAGUUAAUUUUACUGAGACUAUGGAAAUAAAGAAAUAUGGAAAUCUUCCAAAAGAUUAUGAGAAAUUUGCAAAUACAGAAGAAUUUAUAAAUGAAGAUGAACAGGAAAUGGAGAAAAUUCUAAUGGAAGAAGGUAGUUUGUCAGCUGGAGUUAGUGAAGAAGAUAAAACUGAAAUAUUGAGUCCCACACCAGUGAUGGCCAAAUCUUUGACCAUAGACUGUCUGGAAUUGGCAUUACCCCCUGAACUGGCUUUUCAACUUAAUGAAUUAUUUGGUCCAGUUGGUAUUGAUUCAGAGUCUCUAACAGCUGACGAUUGUAUGGUUCAUAUAGAUCUGAAUCUGGCUAAAGUGAUUCAUGAGAAAUGGAAAGAAUCUGUAAUGGAGCGACAGAGACAAGCGGAGGUGUCCUGUGGCAAGUGUAUGCAAGAUCCUUCCUUGGUUGGAAAUACUGGUCUUGAUAACCCUGAACAAAAAUCAUCUCAGAGAACAGGUAGAAAAUUACUGAAGACUUUAGCAGCACCUGAAAUGCUGCCCUUCUUGGAUCAUUGGAAUACUCAAACUAAAAAAGUAUCACUCAGAGAAAUAAUGUCAGAAGAAAUUGCCUUACAGGAAAAGCAUGAUUUGAAAAGGGAGACAUUUAUGUUUGAAAAAGAUUGUGCCACUAAACUAAAGGAGAAGGAGCUCUUUAAAAUAUUUCCAGCCAUUGAUCGAAAUUUUCUUAUGGACAUUUUCAAGGAUCACAACCAUUCAUUAGAACAAACAGUGCAAUUUCUAAACUGUGUUCUUGAAGGAGACCCUGUAAAAACAGUUGUAGCUCAAGAGUUUGUUCACCAAAAUGAGACUGCCACUUCUCACACUGCACAGAAGUCUAAAGAGAAAAAGGUAAAAAAAUUGAAGGAGACUGAGGAUACCCUGAGUGAAUCAUUUUUCCAGGAUUUUGAAUACCCCAAGUAUGAUGAUUAUAGGGCAGAGGCCUUCUUGCACCAGCAGAGGAGAAUGGAAUGCUACAGCAAGGCAAAGGAAGCUUAUCAGAUGGGGAAAAAACAUGUUGCCACCUUUUAUGCCCAGCAGGGUAGUCUUCAUGAGCGGAAGAUGAAAGAAGCCAACCACCUUGCUGCCGUGGAGAUCUUUGAGAAAGUCAAUGCCUCCCUGCUGCCACAGAAUGUUUUAGACCUCCAUGGACUGCAUGUGGAUGAAGCUGUAAAACAUUUGAUGACAGUUUUACAGCAGAAAACUGAAGAGUUUAAGCAGAAUGGCGGUAAGCCCUAUCUUUCUGUGAUUACGGGCAGAGGGAAUCAUAGCCAGGGAGGAGUUGCUCGCAUCAAACCGGCUGUCAUUAAAUACCUCACAAGCCAUAGUUUCAGGUUCUCUGAAAUUAAACCAGGGUGCUUGAAAGUCAUGCUAAAGUAAAAUAAAUGUACUUGAUUUAAAAGUGUGAAAGUUUGUAAGUUAAGCUUAGUUUUAUUUACAGUAAUUCAGUCAAUUCUGUUCUAAACAUGUUUUAUUAGAAAUAAUGUCCAUUUAUAAGUCAAAAAACUUUAUCAAAUUCAAGAAAAGUUUAAUUUUUUUACUGAAUCAAAGCCAAAUAAUAUUAACUGUUAAGAAUAUUAAAGAGAAUUUUUAUUGAUUACAAAAUAUCUAAGAAAAUUAUCAGCUGCCGUUUUAAAAGUCUGAAGUGCUCUGAUUCUCAGAAAGAAAAUGCUAGUUUGUAUAUAUAUAUUUUUUUUACUUUAAGUAGAGUUGCAAAAGUUUCUGUAGAUGUUCAUGCCCUUUGAAGGGCUGCCUUCAAAGGGUGGUAGUAUUAAAGAAAAAAGGUGAUCUAACAAAAGAAAAGAAACUUGAAUAUUUUUGCUUUCAAAGCCAAACUGAAAUCAUGUCAUCUUGCCAUAUCCUGCACAAAGGAAGACACACUGUUGCACUUUUUCUGUUUUGUAUGUGAUCUUAGUCUCUUUUUUUGUUAUAUUCUUUUGUCUCUGUAUAUUUCUCUUGAGGAAAGUUGGGUCUGUGAGUGUCUUGCAGUGUUUAGCCUUUCAUAGCAUAGACAUUUCAGGCAGUGAUAUAUGCCUCAAACUAAAUGGUGAUAUAUAUGAAGCAUGUAAUUUCUAAACUGUAGGUCAAAAUCCUACUAAAAUAAAUCAGAAAACACUCUGAUAUAAUUAUAAGAGGAAUCUGUACAAUUUAGUAAAAGAUUUUUGUUUUUAUUUUGAAAAAGAUCCAACUUUCUAAAAGGAAAUUUUCAUUAACUUAUAUUGUUCAAUUAGCUAAUGAGUCUGGUCAGUAUUUAAAUUGUAAUUUCCUUUACAGAAGUUUAAUGUGGGAAUGAGACAAUGGCUAAAUUAAGUUUUAUUUUGGGUCAUAUAGAUACUUUCAACAUAGGCAAUUUCAGCAAAGAAUUGUAUUGCUUUUUUUUUCUUUUUGUGCGGUACUGGGAAUUGAACUCAGGACCUUGGGCUUGUGAGGCAGGCGUGGAACCAAUGAGCUAAAUCCCCGGCCCUUGUAUUACUUUUUGUUCAGCUUAAAAAAUUUUGCAUUGGAAAUAAUAGGAUUGAUUGAGCUGUUACUGAAAGAAUUUUGAAAUACAGAAUUGACUUCCCAAAAGAGCAAAGAGUUUAAUAAAAACACUCAAAAACUCAUAUUUUUAUAUAUCAUCAGUGCAUACUUUUAAAAGAAGAGCCUUAUUGAAUUUUAUUUCCACAAAAAUAAGAAUCUAUGUUUAAUAUUUGGAAAUGGCUAAUUAUUGGUAUUGAAGUAUUAUUGACAUUUUUAUAUCUGUAAUAAUUUGUUAAAAACAGGCAGUAAUUUAGCAUACUUUUUUUAUAAUCUUUAAGUGUUGAAUACAUUAAAAAUAACAGUUACUUUUAGCAACUUAUUAUAAAAUUAUAAUUGUUAGUUAAUGAAGUAAAAUUUUCAUGUAUAAAUUAAUAUUUAAAAUAUAUGAAAAAUACUAAAACCUGAGGUUACUGGAGUGUGUACAGCUGCAUACUCAUUUUCUGUGUUUUUUGUAUUUCUUAACUGGUUUAAAAAAUACUGUUUUUGAGAACUUCAGCUAGGCUUACUUCAGUACUAUAAUUGUGACUAAUAGGGGAGCAGUGAAAAGAAAUAGAGACAUGGUAUGUUAUGGACAGAAACCAAAUGAAAGAAGCUGUACUUUAUACUAUAUCAACUUCAAUUUUAGGUCUUGUUUUGAUAAAUCUGGUAGCAUUAUUCAUAAAUAUGUAAGCAAAGUUUGAGCAUCAUAUAUAUUCUUAUGACGUUGUUUAAUCUUAACCUGCCUUUGACCCUACUUUAGCACAUAAUUAUGAAGGAAAGAUUUAUAAUCCCUUUUUCCUUCUUUCUUUCUUUCUUCCUUCCUUCCUUCCUUCCUUUCUUUCUUUCUUUCUUUGGUACUGGGGAUCGAACUCAGGACCUUGCCCUUCGAGGCAGGCAGCAGCACCACUGAGCAAAAUCCCCAGCCCAAUCCCUCAUUUCUUCUUUUGCCCAUAUUGAAAUCCUAUAUGCAAGAGGCAAAGAUAGUUUGGAGACUUUCAAAGUUUUCAUGUAUUGGUGUAUUUAUACCAAUAUGUGCACUCAUUAGAAAAGCUCUUUGUAAACUUAAUUUUUUUUUUUUGUACCAGGGAUCGAUCUCUGUCCAAAAACUUGAUAUUUUAAAAGUACAGCAUUUCUGUAGUUUGGAAGAUUUUAUUAACAACUACAUCUAUUGAAUUGUCUCUUACUAGUAUCUACCAGAGGAAAAGAAAGAGAAUUACUAUAUAAACCCAGGGUUUAUGUAGCGGGGCCCCCAGGACUUUUUAAGUGUUUUAAAUACAUCCAUAUUAUUAUUCCAAUGUGAGAAAUGGAAGCAUGUUCUCAUACAUUUAUUGGAUGUUCACAUCUCUCUAUAUUAUUUUCAAGUUGAAGUUUCUAUUUAUUAACAUUUCCAUACUGUUUGCAAUUCUGUGAUUUUUACAUACAGUACAUACUAUAUAGUAGAAAUUGUGACUAAAAAUGAUUUGUAUAUUGUUAACAUAUUUUGAGAAGAAAAGCUCACAGUUCUUUUGGAUAGUUUCCCAUCCUUUUAUUUUCGUCUCUUUCUUUUCUUUCUUUCUUUUUUUGGUACUAGGGAUCGAACUCAGGUCCUUGCGCUUGUGGAGCAGGCAGCGGAACCACUGAGCUAAAUCCCUGGCCCGAGUCUCUUUCUUUUAAAGCUCAAAUGUUUUAUGCGCUUAGAUAAAGGACCCAUGUAAUAAGGUUAGCUAUUCUCAGCUGGAAAGUAGAAACUCUUGAAACUCAGGAAAUUGUUCUGACAAUGUUUUAACUGUUCUCAUAUUAAGAAAAUGGCAAAAUGUAUAAAAAA